GUCUCUGUUUUGAGGAAGAGGAAGAGCUAACGACACGUGAUGAAACAUGCUCUUUAACUCAGUCGUAUGAAUCUUAGGUUGUUUAAGUAAGAAAAAUAAUAUUUUAUGAGUACUUUUCCUUGUAUAUUUCCUCACCACAUUCUCAACUCAGACUUCGGUUCAUCGGAAACUUUGUCAAGAUGCCUGUCCUGUGCAGCAGCUGUGCAGAAAAACGAGCUGUGCUGAAACGUCCCAAAACAGGCCACUCAUUGUGUAAGGAGUGCUUCUUCUGGGCCUUUGAGGAGGAGGUGCAUCAGACGAUUGUGGCAGCAAAGCUCUUUAAACCAGGGGAAACAGUAGGAAUUGCUGCCUCGGGAGGGAAGGACUCUACAGUGCUCGCACAUGUAAUGAAGGUCCUAAAUGAGCGAUACAGCUAUGGCCUUGAACUUAUGCUUCUGUCAGUGGAUGAGGGAAUCACUGGUUACCGAGAUGACUCGUUGGAGACCGUAAAGAGGAAUCAGCAACAGUAUGAACUGCCACUGAAGAUUGUGUCUUAUGAGGAGCUGUAUGGCUGGACCAUGGAUGCUAUAGUAAAGCAGGUGGGACUGAAAAAUAACUGCACUUUCUGUGGAGUAUUCAGAAGGCAGGCACUAGACAGAGGAGCCAUCAUGCUGAAAGUGGACAAGAUAUGUACAGGUCACAAUGCUGACGAUGUGGCAGAAACUGUCUUGAUGAACGUCUUGCGAGGGGACAUAGCUCGUUUGCGUCGCUGCACUGCCAUCUCCACAGCCAGCGAGGGCGAAGGGGUCGUCCCGCGCUGCAAGCCCCUCAAAUAUGCGUACGAGAAAGAGAUUGUUCUGUACGCUUACUUUAAGAAGUUGGACUACUUCUCCACUGAAUGUAUCUACUCACCCAAUGCUUAUCGUGGCUAUGCGAGGACCUUUUUAAAAGACCUGGAGAGUGUAAGGCCCAGCUCCAUCAUGGAUAUCAUCCACUCCGGUGAGAACCUGUCUGUGCGGGAGGGGGUGAAGAUGCCUGUGCAGGGGACCUGUAAUCGCUGCGGGUAUAUCUCCAGCCAGGCACUGUGCAAGUCAUGUGUGCUGCUGGAGGGGCUGAACAGAGGCCUGCCUAAACUGGGUAUAGGCAAACACCACCGUCUGCAUGACAAAAUCCUCUCCCAGCAGCCUCUAACUGAGAAGGAGGAGAGGAAGCUGAAAUCAGUAGACUUUUGACAGUUAUCAUUAUCUGUUUUAUUUACUCUAAGACUGAAGAUGUAUAAUGAAAUUUUAGAAUAAACCACAUUUGUUGUCUUUUAUAUAGUAAAAGUAUAUUGAAUUUAGUAUUUAUUGUACACAUUUGUUUGUUCAUAACAUUUAAUUUAGGUAAAAUUGAGAAAACCUCUUACACCAAUGAUGCAUCUUUGCAGCGCAGAAUGUUUUUUCACUGCUGUUUUACAACUAACCUCGAUCACUGAAAUACUGUGUAGACACAGAAAUUUGUGUUUACCUUACGGCACUGUUCAAUAGUAGCUGAAUGGUACAUGUAUCCAGUGUUUUUUGUGAUAAUUGGCCAUCUGUACAACACACAUAGAGAUGUUAGAAGGUGGAACAUUUUCUGUUGACGUGAAUGUUUUGUUAUGAAAUACAUCAUCCAGUUAUUAAACGUUGGGAGUCAACAUCAUUUGGAUUUUCCCAGUACCAAAUAUUUAUUCACACCAAACUCGUGUGCUCAUGCUGUAGGUGUGUGAGGUGCACAGACAAGGACUUGCAACAUUUUUUUUAAUGAGUUGGUUAUGUAUGGUUCCACUGCACUGGAAUUUCUGACACCAUGCUUUAUUUCUUUAUUUUUUUCUACCUCUUAUGUCCCAGUGUACCAGUCUUUGGGGAGGGUAUGAUGACAUUCAUGGUCACAUUCCAAGGUGUUUUAUGAACUAUAAUUUAAUAAAUGCACUGCCCCACGUUUUCA